AUGAUUACUUCUAGUCUACGGUGUCGAGACUAUUUGCAAUUUCGCAAAGAAAUAGAUGGCCCUGCUGCAUGCCAAGAGCGCACUUCGUUGCUGAUGUAUUCGCACUAUCCGCGUCAGGUGUGCGUGGAUAGCAGCAUUGGCGGCGGCGCGGCCACAUUUCGAUCGUCACCUCGAGCGCUGAUCACCUACGAAGUGGUGGAAGCACAGCAGGACGACGUGAUGCAGAUGACCAAUGCGGCCCAGCAUCAGCACUUGCAGAACUCGCCGUCUGUCCCGGAAAACAGCCUCGAUUCGACAGAUUCCAUUGCCGAGACACCACGCCUCAGUCCGCAACACCGCCGUAUCGCCCUUCGUAAUCGCGCUCGAAAAACGUCCACUCGCCAGAUGAUCCUCGACGAGGACGAAAUGCUCAAGAUACCUAGCCCAGAGAAGCUAAAUAGUAUGAUGCGUGGUGUGGAGCUGAAUGUGUACGCUACUGGCACUGCUCCACAUCCUCACACUCCGCAAACUCCACAACCGCCGUAUACUCCUAACGGAUCGCGAUUUUCUCAGCCGACGGCAUCACCCCACUACGCGGCUGACAUGAGGUCACCACCGUUGAUGUCGCCAACACAAGCACCAAUGGCGCCCCAGGCAGCCAUGCCACGUCCAGUGAGCAAUGGUACGCCGAAAUGUCAACAACAACGCAAUCCGUAUGGUUCCACACGCAACAACUCGGAUGAAUUCCUAGGCCAGUCUUCACGAAGAAGCUAUGGUAUUUCAGUUCAUCCGGAUAUUUGCUUGGCGGGUUGUGUAUUGCAUAUGUUCGAUAUGGAUCGCAUGUUCACGGAUAAACUGGACCUACCAAAUAUUGUGUUGGCAAUCCGAAUGCACGGCGGGGAUAUAGAAUUUGGAGCAAAGGCCUAUGCGGAGCGAGCCGGGGCGAUUACGCACGUCAUUGUCGAGUCUAUAAGGACCCAACACGCCCAUCUGGUGCGCAGCUUACUGUCUUCUUUAGUUUUCUGUUUUAUGUACGCUACUGGCACUGCUCCACAUCCUCACACUCCGCAAACUCCGCAACCGCCGUAUACUCCUAACGGAUCGCGAUUUUCUCAGCCGACGGCAUCACCCCACUACGCGGCUGACAUGAGGUCACCACCGUUGAUGUCGCCAACACAAGCACCAAUGGCUCCCCAAGCAGCCAUGCCACGUCCAGUGAGCAAUGGCGAAAUGGUCACACAACCAAUCCGUAUGGUUCCAACCCCGCAGCAACCGGUGAUUCCUAGCCAGUUUUUCACGUAUGAACCGAAUCUUCUUAUGAAUGUUCAUUAUUCCGGAUAUUUGUUUGGCGGGAUUUAUGUGUAUUGCAUAUGUUCGACAUGGAUCGCAUGUUUACGGAUAAAUUGGACCUACCAAAUAUUGUGUUGGCAAUCCGAAUGCACGGCGCGGGAAUAUAGAAUUCGGAGCAAAGGCCUAUGCGGAACGAGCCGGGGCGAUUACGCACGUCAUUGUCGAGUCUAUAAGAACCCAGCACGCCCAUCUGUGCGCAAUUCUGAGAACAGCGCUUUCUCCACGUUGAUUCUUCUCGUGGCAUUCGACGAAAGAAGGGCCCGCGAUGAAUUCAUGUGGAGGCCAUGGGACGAGGUCACCCGUACCUUAGCCGUCACAAUAAUAUUCUUAUUGCUAAGUCCGGUGGCGUUGAAAAAGUCGAGAAGGCACGUGAAUGGGAUAUCCAAGUGGUUAAUUAUCAGUGGCUGGCUGACAACUAUGCUGGUCAAAGGGUGGAAGCUGAUAAUCACAACCGUAUCAGUUGCUUGGAAAAUGCCGCUGAUUGUAUCCCCCGAGCAAUGGCGACGUUCGUUUGAUACUAAGCAAGCGGUCGAGAACGAUGAAGGCGUCUUCCCGAAUAAGAAGUUGCGCAAGGAACACAAGAAGUCCGGCACCACGCAUCCCGCAUACGUGGUUGCGUUCAGUGGAAUCGAUGAUGAAAAUAAGCAUGUCUUAACUCAGAAACUCCGAUAUUUGGGCGGGCGAGCGUGUGAGGAGGUGUCUGAAUGUACACACCUGGUGACAACGAAUGGUCGUCGCACGGAGCGGCUACUGGAGGCGAUUUGUUUGGGCAAAAACAUCGUGAAUCCUUACUGGAUAGUGCACGGAUAUGAAUGUCGACAGUGGAUGGAUACGCUAGAUUACUUUCUUCAUGAUGAAGAUCAGGAGCGGCAUUUGGGCUACAAUUGCAAGCGUAGCGUUGUCAGGGCACGGCACAAGAAGGAUGUCCAGUUCUACAUAACACCAUCAGUGGAACCGAGUCGUGCAGUGCUAACAAAAUUGAUCAGACUAGCAGGUGGCACAGUACAUGAAGAUCGUCCAGCUCCGGCUGAUAUAGCUGUCUACAACACUGAUAUGAUACUGAUAGCACUGAUGCGUCAAGAACUCGAGCCGCAUCCGCUUUAUCGAGUAAGCACGGCAUCUUUGGCAAGGCCAACGCCAGCACCUUCGUCUCAACCGCCAUCGACACCUGGCCAUCCGCAAUUCCGCUCAACGCCUUCGCAACCACAGCCGCAUCGAGUCAAAGCCUAG